AUGAUGAUGAAGAUGAUGAUGAUGAUGAUGUUGAUGAUGUUGAUGAUUAUGAAUGAUGAUGAUGAUGAUGAUGAUGAUGAUGAUGAUGAUGAUGAUGAUGAUGUUGAUGAUGAUUCGGAUGAUGAUGAUGAUGAUGAAGACUUGAUGAUGAUGAUGAUGAUGAUGAUGAUGAUGAUGAUGAUGAUGAUGAUGAUGAUGAUAAUGUGA